AUGCCUCGACUUGUCUUGCUUCGCGCCAACUUGGUCUUGACUUCGUCCACUUUGGCCUACACCGAGAAGUUCCCGGUCACCACCGCUAUCCCGCAGUCGAAGUUGGAGCUCAAAGAAGUGCAGCGGGAGGAGUUUUCGGGCGAGGGCGAGGGUGUCGCAUACACCUUGCUUUGCGUGUUGGCUUUCGUGGUGGUGACACAGUACGUUGUCCACUGGCCAGAUGAUGGCGUACGGUACUAUGGCUGGAUUGUCAUCGGCACAGCCCUGUCCAUCUUGGGCUCCUUCCUGUUUUUCCACAAGAUUGCGAAAUUAUUGGAGGGAUUUGUCAUCCCCAGUGACGCAAGUGUGGGUUUCAGAUGUGUCUUCUACUAUGGGCUGUUCCUGGUGUUCUUCGUCCUCAUGCAGCUGGCUGUAGGUUUCUCUUCCGGCUUGCUAUGUGCUGGCAUCGACGAAGAAGACUUGGAAUUUGAAGACUGGGUGAUCGAUGAUCAGACGAUGGCCAGCCACAAGGCCGUGGUCGAUCCCCGCUGCAUUGUCUACAAGCGAUGGGGCCGUGCCAUUGGUACAGAUGAUGACAGAUAUCCACUUUUUCUCAGGCAUCGGAAUCUCACGCUGGAGAUGAUAGAGCUUCGCUUGAAGACCCUAGCAGCUUUUCUUUCCCACACGACGGCCUUCGCAGCCAUACGAGCAGGUGUCAUGCUACAACACCUACCAUUCUUCAAGCAGAAUGUGUUUUGCACCUUGCUGUCAGUGAUCAUUCAUGUAGCAUUCCUCUUCCUCGUAUUCCGGGUUGUCGAGAUGGUACGAUGCGGUGGCAAGCCGGAAAAACUCGUUGACCUGUACUUUGACGAGGUCGAUGACAUUGAAGUUGAUGUGUUGUCCCUGUCAUCUUCCUACCUGCUGAUCUUGUGCCUGGCGUUCGCUGUGUCCGGUGCGGAUAGCGAUUUCGAAGGCUUCCAAUUGCCAUCCACGGUUAACCUUGGAAAAGCCAUCAUCCUUUUCGUCUUGGGAGCUUUGCUCUUUGUGGGCUCGCUGGCCUUGGUUUUCGUCUGGCGCCCGCGCUACAGCGAGCAGUCUUGGAGGAUGAAGGUCCGGGACAUGGUCUUAUGCACAUUGUCGAUGGCAUUUGGCUGGUGCAUCAUUCGUGCCACAAGAUGGGCAAACACAGACCUGAGCAAGAACCACGUGAUUGGAUUCCUUCCGGGAUCUAUGAUUCUGCACGUGAUAACAGCUUUCGUCACUUCUCUGCUGGGGUACAUUGUCGUGCUGUUCCUCGAUAAGCUGGAAGAUGUGUGUCUUUCUCGCUUCGGAUCGCUUGGCCGAUCGUUCAAGAGCGCAGUCACAGCUACCGGCCUCAUCAUUGGUAUUGACUGGGAGUUGUGCUUCGAGAAAGCUAUCGAGAUCGUUGCGCAUGGGCAGCGCGAGAAGGAAGUCGUCGAGAUGCUGAUGGUUGUGCUUGUUCUGUUGCUGUUGGUCCCGGCAUGGCGGAGGUUCAUCAUCACCAAGCAGCUCCACUUCGAAACGUUCAAGUCCGAGCGCAGGAGCCAGUCAUAUCUGAAGAAGGACAAUGACAUUCUCCUGCAAAUGUCAUCCAAAGAGAUGAGAACCGGUUGUAUGUAA